UAGUCAUUGAAAAAUUGCCCAAGGAGUUCAGGGAAACCAGCCGUGGAACUCAAGAUAUCAAAGAUUUUGUGAUCGUGGAUGAAAAGCUGAAACCAAUAAUAAUCACGCUCUGGAACAAGCAUGCCAUGACGACUGGGGUAGAGAUAACGGAGCAACUGAUGGCGGGGAUGUACCCUAUAAUAUUAAUCGAAGCUGUUCCGGUGACCCCCUACAGAGGGAUUUCUUUGAGCACUCAUGCUGACUCGACCAUAACUCUCAGCCCAGAUACACCCCGUGCAACAGAACUAGGCAAUUGGGCUAUUGAAAAUCGUGCUGCACUUGAUGGGCUAAAAAUCUGUAUGGAGUACACCAACGCUGCCUCAAAUUUGGCAGACCCAGAUAAGGAGACAAUAAUGGAAAUAGCAAAAGUACCUCCACAGAUUGAAGAGUCGAAGCCCGCAUGGAUUCAGGGCAAAAUAACUUUGGCCAUUGACAAUGAAAGUCUUUGGUACGUGGGAUGUAGCCGCUGCUCUAAGAGCGUUUAUGGCGGAUGUGACUAUAAGUUCCACUGCAUGACUUGUGGCGAAUCAAACGCUUUUGGGACUCCAAGGCCUAAGUUACGUGUCACAAUUGAAGACAAGACUGGUUGUCUCAGUGCCUCGGUGUUUGGCCGUUGUGCUGAGAAAUUGCUCCUAAUGACAAGUAAACAAAUCAUGGAAACAGAAUCACAAGGAAAAAAGGCAUCAUUUCAGUACGCCAACAAACGCUUGGUGAAUGAAGAUUAUAUAGUCCAAUUGAGAACAAACACAUACAAAUAUCAAGGCGUCUCCACAACAACUUAUACUGUGAACUCAUUGCAUGACUCUUCACACCACUUGACAAAGAAGGCAGAAGAUAGUCCCACAAAUGACAUGGGCCCAAGUACCAGCACAACAGAACUGUCCCCCUCAAAUAAACGUCAAAGGACCAAUUAGGGCCAUUCACAUCACAACAUCACUCCGCCCUGACAAGACACCAAUGCUUUAGUUUAUUGCAUAAAACCUAUGACAUUGUCUUUUGCUUAUUGACAUUCCUUGCAUUUCACUCUUCCCUACAUUUCCUUCAGUUAACAUUUUCAUUUCCACGUACACUUCAUCAAUGUUGCUAUAAUUUGCAUAUCUUAAAAGUUAAGACUUCUUAAAUUGCCUUCCAUUUUACCUUUUAGUUUAAACAAA